GGCGAGAGGGAUGAAAUCAGUCUGCCAGGUGUCUGCCAGCCAGAGCUAUGCAAGGGAGAGCUAGGCUGCAAGAACUUGGACCACGGGCGCCACGCAUGCGUAUGUACACAUGAUUCUGCGCCGCCUUUCGUUAACGGAACGUGUCCAAGGAAAGUCGUUGGAAAUGGUGCAUCGAAUGUUGAUGAAAGCUCAGGGAGGAUCCCAGUGCAGCCGCCAGCACCUGUCAUUGUGAAUACGGAAGAAAAACAUCCAGACUACCCCAAAGUACAAAAUUAUAUGGUUCCUUCCAUUUUGAUCCUAAUUAUAAGUUUGUUCGCAUUGAUUUAUUUAAUUAUAUUCGUCAAGAAAAGACUGAGGCGACGAGAAGCCAGGGCUUCACCAGUAAAUCUCAAACAAAGUUUUUUAGUAGCUGAAAGAUACGCGCCGAACCCUCAGUAUUCAGCAUGUUCCGCAGCUGGAGUGCCGAUUCUGAAGAAAGAAACUUUGUCAUUCCUGAAGGAAGUAGGUGAAGGAUGUUUCGGCAAAGUUUUCAAGGGUGAACUGCUCUGUGAAGACGGAGAUCAGGUCCGUGUGGUAGCAAUCAAAGUACUGAAGGAUACUGCCAACAAAGAAGCUGAAGAAGAUUUCUUGAGAGAAGUCGAGAUAAUGAGUGCAUUCAGGCAUCCAAAUAUCCUAUCAUUGUUAGGAGUUGUCCUCAAAGACGACAGCGUGAACCCCAUGAUGGUGUUCGAAUUCAUGCCGCACGGCGACCUCGCCGAGCUGUUGCGCUGCCAGCAGACCUCCCAAGCAUCGCCCGACCGCGACCUCCCAAGGCUGGCCCGACGCGACCUCCUCUCUGUCGCGCUGCAGAUCGCAGCAGGAAUGCGGUACCUGGCGUCGCAGCGGUUCGUGCACCGCGACCUGGCGUGCCGUAACUGCCUGGUGGCCGAGGGUCCCGUCGUGAAGAUCGCCGACUUCGGGAUGAGUCGGGACGUGUACACGUGCGAUUACUACAAGAUUGGUGGUUCCCGCCUACUGCCAGUUCGUUGGAUGUCUCCGGAAAGUGUCGUCUAUGGCAGAUUCACCUUGGAAUCCGACAUCUGGUCGUACGGCGUAGUCCUCUGGGAGAUCUUCAGCUUCGGCAAACAACCCUACUACGGCCACACCAACGAAGAAGUGGUCAAGCUCAUCCUCGACGGCAUCAUGCUGAUACCCCCCCAAGACUGCCCCACCCUAAUAUGCGAGCUGAUGAGAAACUGCUGGAAAACCGAGCCCAGGCAUCGGAUAAUCUUUCCUAACAUCUGCGAGAAACUGGAAAUAGCCUAUGAAAGUGAGAAGCAAACGUCCUGCGUGUACGAAACCGAAACCAAGAAGAUGCGACCUGGCGCUAACAAGAGUUUACCUAGGCCGCCGCCUUUGCCAGUGAUGGCCCAAAUGGAUCUGCUCGAUGGACAGGGUUAUUUGAGACCCAAUGAAAUCAACGACCCUGUUUCGUAUUUAGAAACUCUUUGCGAUGCAAUUCGUGAUUGA